AUGCCUUCUGUCAGCCUUGAAUAUCCCAAAGAACCUUACAACAAGGUUAAUCGAUAUGACUCUCGAGCUACCUAUGCUCUAGAGACCAUCCACCAGAUAGUGAACGCCUGUCCUAUUCUCCAUGUCUCCUUCGCCGUUCCUAACUCCCCCUUUCCUACGAUCCUGCCUAUGAUAGGACAGAUGGGCUCGUUUGACCGGCCUAGCGCGGAUACGGGGGAUGUACUCGAGCUCUAUCUCCACGGCUACGUUUCAUCGCGGCUCAUGAACAUGUCGCGAAACGCCACCAACGACAGCGCCUCGUCAGGGGAAGAAGAGGGACUGCCAAUAUGUGUGGCCGCCAGCCAAGUAGAUGGUCUGGUCCUGGCGCUCACUCCGAACUCGCACAGUUACAACUACCGUUCGGCAUCACUGUUCGGGCACGCGAAGCUAGUAACUGAUCUCGAGGAGAAGCAAUACGCCAUGGAACUCAUCACCAACUCAGUAGUCCGCGAUCGCUACCGUCACACUCGCGUCCCGCCCAACGCCGCCGAGAUGCAGAGCACCAGCAUCCUACGCGUCAAGAUCUCCGCCGGGAGCGCUAAGCUCAGGACCGGCAUGCCCAACGACGAAAAGGCAGAUGUGGAGAACGGCGAGCUACUAGAUAAGGUAUGGACAGGCGUAAUUCCCGUGCAUUACACUCUGGGAGAACCGAUCCCCGGGCCGUAUAAUAGGGUAGAGCAGGUGCCGUCGUACCUGCGAGAGUUCAUCACGGAUUCUAAUCAGUAUGCGAAGGAGCUUGCUGUUGAGGAUGCUAUGAAGCCAAUGGCUGCGAAGCCGAAACAUCAUGAUGAUGAUGACUGA